AUGGGUCACGAUUUGAGCUCUGCGGCAUUGGGAUUGGACCUCGAGUCCUCGGAGCCACUUUACCCAACUUUCUCCGUCUUUGGUGAUCUUUAUGAUGGAUCGGAAUCUUCCCUUACUCAACGGCGGCCAAUCCCUGAUUUUCCGCUGUCCGAGUCCUACAACGUUACCAACGUGCCGUCAUUAUUACCACGCAUGUCCGCCAUGAGCGAUGAAACCCUAUUUUUCGCCUUCUACCAAAAUCCACGCGGUCUCGAGCAAGAACAAGCCGGCAUCGAGCUCCACGCGCGUUUCUGGCGAUGGCACAAAAUCCUACGCAGGUGGCUACAAAAGGACACAGCAGAAGCCAACCGCAUCACAAGCCCCGUGCUCGUCGACUUGACCAACGGCGCACCUAUCGAUGGCGCUGUCACUCGUCCCACACCGACGACGGAGCGGGGAGUGUUCAUCUUCUUCGAGCCUACGCCGCAUUGGCGCCGCGAGCGUCGGGAGUUUACGCUCAAUUAUGAUGAGUUGGAUCAUCGGCAGGGUGGUGAUAAUGCGUUUGGGCCUGGAUUGGCGGGAUUGCAGUGA